CACUAUUGUUACAAAUAUUUAUGGCACAAGAAAUCACCAGUUAGGUAUCGAAAGUGAAGUGGCCAUAUAACUAAGCAACAUUUAUUAUCUAUUAAGAGGACCACAUUCAGGCUAUAUUUCUAGAGAAGCAACUUAGACAACGUCACCCAUACAACACUACACAUCAUCCAUUCCUAAUGAUAGCAAGGAGACAAUUGUUGGUUAACAUAACCAAUGCUAACAGAAGAUACAUAUCGAAUGAAGCCACCAAAGAAGGCUCCAAAAGGUUCAUGCAAACCAUACCGACCUCGUCGCUGGGCAAGAACACAUUCUACUCGGGGUUGAACUACGCAAUCAGCAACAACAGUAGCUCCAACUCACCAGAGGGCACCGGCAGCUCCAAGUGGUCCAAGCACUCGUUGAACUUCCCUCGUGAGCCAGAAUCUAACACCCAAACUGCCGCAACUACCAGGAGAUCUAGAACCUCCAGAUUCUCUAACAGAUCAUUGAAGGGAUUGUCUACCGAGUCUACCGAAAGCUCCGAAUCACAAAAGGAUUCAGUUAGUGUCACUGGACCCUCCACAGAAUCUAGUGCCCCUAUCCCAAACGUGCAGUCCACCCCAGAGCCAAAGGCUUCCGAAGUACAAUCCACACAAUCCGCAAAACCAAAAAAGAGAAGAACUUUGCGUCCCAGAAAAGCAUUGAUCACCUUGACCCCAAAUGCUGUGGAGCACUUGCGUGGUUUAUUGAAUCAGCCCCAACCCAAAUUGAUCAGAAUCGGUGUGCAAAAUAGAGGAUGUUCAGGCUUGACUUACAAUCUUGAAUACGUAGACGCACCAGGUAAAUUCGACGAACUUAUUGAACAAGACGAUGUCAAGGUCUUGAUUGACUCCAAGGCAUUGUUCUCUAUUGUUGGUUCUGAAAUGGACUGGUUGGAUGACAAGUUGUCCUCCAGAUUCAUCUUCAAGAAUCCAAACUCAAAGGGUACUUGCGGUUGCGGUGAAUCCUUUAUGGUAUGAAUCGUUCUUAUAAUACCCUCGUCAUAUUUGCAUGCAUUUAUAUGCCUUUAAUAAUUCUAGUCGCAUAAUAAACUUAAAUAUCAAUAAUAGUAGUCGUG